GAGAGAAUGGCCUACAUUCCGUACCUGCUGCUCUGCAGCUUAUUCGCCGCGCAGGGCCUGUGCAAAAUAUCCUGCACCGAAUCGGCAUUCUCCAAAUACCUAUCCUCGUCCGGCCACCACGACGCCAGAGUCCUACGAACCUCCCAUAUCGCGCAGGGAGAAACCUUCCAAGUCCCAGCUAGCGACAUCGCAUACCCGCAGUCGCCGACAGAGUUGCCAGAACUAUGCGCCGUCCAGAUCAACGUCACCUCGAGCCCGGACUCGGCGUAUUCGUUUGGACUGUUCCUGCCGGUAGAUUGGAAUAGUAGAUUUCUGGCUGUUGGAAAUGGCGGGUUCGCUGGCGGCGUCAAUUGGGCGGACGUGGGCGUUGGCGCUCGCUACGGCUUCGCAUCCAUGUCAACCGACACAGGACACAACAGCACCUCCUCAGACGGAACAUGGGCAUACCACGCACCCGAGGCAUUAACCGACUGGGGCCACCGCGCAAUGCACGGCUCCGUCGUGCUAUCCAAGCAACUCAUCGAAGCAUAUUACAGCAGCGAAUUGAAAUACAACUACUACAGCGGCUGCUCCACCGGUGGGCGGCAGGGUCUGCGGGCUGUCGAGCUGUAUCCGGAUGAUUUCGACGGUGUUAUUGCGGGUUCUGCGGCGUGGUGGACGUCGCAUUUGCAGACGUGGACGACCAAGGCGGGGACUUAUAAUGUGCCGUCUCCUGCGCAGAUCCCGAUUAGUAUGUUUUCGGUUAUUGAGGAGAAGAUAUUGAGGCAGUGUGACCCACAGGAUGGGUUGAUGGAUGGUAUUAUCUCGGCGCCGCAGGGGUGUAGCCUUAAUCUAGAGGCAUUGUUGUGUCGGAAGCAGGGCCAGGAGGAGUGUUUGAGUCCUGCGCAGCUUGGAACUCUACGACUUAUCUAUAGCGACUAUGUUGAUACGAACCAGACGUUUGUUUUCCCGGCUCUUCUCCCCGGGACCGAGUCGCAGUGGGAAGUGGUCAUUGGGAAUGGGACCGGGAAUCCACUGGGCGUGGACUACGUGCGUUAUUUCCUAGGCCUGGGAGAGAACUGGACGCAGGAGCAGUUCGAUUACAGCAUUGUUCAGCUGGCAGACAAACUCGACCCGGGUAAUGCGACGGCCGACGACUUUGAUAUCUCGCCGUUCCAGAAGAAGGGCGGGAAGCUGCUGACGUACCAUGGAAUGGCUGAUGGGUAUAUCCCGACGGAUAGCAGUUUGUAUUAUUACAACCAGGUGGCCAGUACCCUAGUUCCGAGGGGUACUGAUCUCGAUGACUUCUUUCGGUUCUUUUAUGUUCCUGGGAUGCAGCACUGCAGCGGUACACCAGCAAGCGUAAAUGCGCCAUGGUACUUUGCUGGACCAAACCAGAGCCCAACUCUGUCGUCCAGUCUGCACGGUGUCCCUGGAUUUGCAAACGCGAAGCAUGAUAUUCUGUUGGCAUUAAUGGCUUGGGUUGAGGAAGAUGCUGCGCCGGAGAACUUGAUCGCAACUACCUGGAACAACGACACAACUCAAGAUACAGUCUAUCGUCAACGCCCGUUGUGCUUUUACCCGCAGAGGGCUGUAUAUACCGGUAAAGGCGAUCCGGACGAGGCGCAGAACUGGGAGUGCCAGUCCCUAUACUGAAACAGUUGAACUUGGAAAUGUCAC